ACGGGCGGCAGCGGACGGCAGCGUCGGUGAUAAGAGGCGGGGACCACCGCUCGAGCGUGACCGCGUGUGUGAGCUUAGCGCCAGUCUACCUCUCUCCCGUCCUUCUCCUCCAUCUCCGUCCCUCUUCUUCCGCUUCGCCUCCCCCUUUAACCCGUGUCCGCUCCGGAGCGACGGGGAGGAGGAAGACGACGCGUGGCCGACGCGAAGAAAACUUGCGACCGACGACGAGUGGUCGUUAUUCGAGUUUAUCGUAUCGUGUCGGACGGUGACAGAAGAAGAAGCGACGAGCGCGCGCUCGUCGGUUUCGAUAAUAACCCAUUCGCAGAUUGACUUGCGGCGUACUUCAUCUCGCUUCACCGCGACAACGGACCGUUGCUGUUGCCGUUGCCGUUGCCGUCGUCGUCGCCGCCGCCGCCGCCACCGCCGCCGCCGUCGUCGUCGUCGUCGUCAUCGUCGCUGCUGCUGCUGCUGCUGAAGGGAAGUAACCGACAAUCACGGAAGAAGAGGCGCCGCCGCCACCGCCAGGGCUGUCAUCGCGCUUGGUCGUUCUUACGCGGACGGUGCGUGCCCGCGCGUUUAUAUACCACAGCAGGUGACACCGAAGGCGAGAGAGAGAGAGAGAGAGCGCGCGCAGAGAGCGACACGACGGUCCGACCGGCGAGAGAGCUGCUGCGAGAUUGACAGACUCGCCGGACUAUACCGGAAGAGGAAGCGUGUGCCGCUCGCGGAAGGAGGCUCUUCGUCGAAGACGGCGGGCGGAAUCGUACGCGGACGAGCGAGGAAGCCGGAGUGCCGCGUCGCGACGGGCAGAAGAGAAACGUGGAGGAGCAGGAGUCUUAUCCAAGAUGACGAGCGUAGUGACGAACCUGAUGCAUAGUUACAGGGACCUUAUGGACAAUCAGUCCGAUCCCAGGGUGAACGAUUGGGCGAUGAUGAGCAGCCCCUUCCCAACCGUGAUGAUAUGCCUGUCGUACGCUUACUUUAGCAAGGUUCUGGGACCGAAGUUGAUGGAAAACAGAAAGCCUUUCGACCUACGGGGGAUCCUCAUAAUGUACAAUCUCCUACAGACCCUCUUCUCUUCGUGGAUAUUCUACGAGUAUCUGAUGAGUGGUUGGGCGAAAGGCUACAGUAUUCGAUGCCAACCAGUAGAUUAUUCGUACAGUUCGAUGGGCAUAAGAAUGGCGCAUACCUGCUGGUGGUACUACUUUAGCAAAUUCACCGAGUUCUUCGACACGCUAUUCUUCAUUCUGCGGAAGAAGAACCAACACGUCUCCACGCUUCACGUAAUUCAUCACGGGGUGAUGCCCUUUUCCGUGUGGAUGGGGGUGAAGUUCGCGCCGGGCGGCCACAGCACUUUCUUCGCCCUCUUAAACACCUUCGUGCACAUCGUGAUGUACUUUUACUAUAUGGUAGCUGCGAUGGGUCCGCAGUUCCAAAAGUACAUAUGGUGGAAGAAGUACCUCACUACCAUGCAGAUGAUACAAUUUGUGAUGAUCAUGUCCCACCAAUUCCAAUUGCUCUUCACCGAGUGUGACUAUCCGCGUAGUUUUAUGAUCUGGAUCGGCUUGCACGGUUGCCUGUUUCUCGGACUGUUCUCGGACUUUUACAAGACAAAGUACAGAGGCGUCGUCAUGGAUAACAAGGCCUCCGCGAAGAUGCAGAACGGCUUGUCAGGCGGAGCAUGCAUGCCGGUUCUGGACGAGAAAGACAAGUCGACGCACAACGGUGUAUCUUCUUACACGAUCUACAACAAAGAGUACAACAGCUGUUACAGCAACGGCACAAACAACGGUUACGUUGCUAACAACAAUACGGAGAAAAAGCUCGCUUAGGACACAUUGCUGCCUUGGUGGACACUCGAACAUUUUCUUCGAAGUGUUGUCGGUCAGCUCGUCUCGCCGUGCUACAGUUACCAUUCAUCCGCCAUAACGUCAUCUCGCGACAAGGGUAAAACGAAUUUACGUGUGAAAUGUGCAGAGUCAACCACCAAUCACGUGCGCGUGUAAGGAGGAUGAAGGGAGACGAGAAGAAAGAUAAAAAAACAACAGCGAGACAAAUUUUCGUUAUCUCGCUGCAAUAUUCUGCAUUGUUAGCAGAGCGAAAGCUGUGUUCACUAACAUAGAGUCAUCGAUGGGAGAACUGUGUUACAACGUCCGUUACAAAAAUAAAAAAAAAAGAACGAAAUGAACAAAAAAAAAGAAGAAAGACAAGAAACAACGGAAUGCGCAAACCAUUGCUAAUGUCGCGCAAUCUUCCUCUUUCGAGCCUUCGUAAUAAUGAAACAUGGUUUGUACUCGAUUUGUUAGAGCCUCGUGACACCUGCUGCCACCCGAAAAUAGAACAUCGAUAAUAUCGUCGGUAAUCAUCGAUAAUACGAUAAGAGAACUUAGCGAAGGGGGGAAAAGAAGACUACUUUUGCACUUUCUGUAUUUCUCGGCGCUAUCGAAAAUCGCUGUCGCUGUGGUUUUGUAAAAUUUCUAGGUCGCGGAUAGCUUGACAACGUGUCUGAGAAAGGUGGGACUCGAACGUUCGAGCUGUAACGCCUGUGAGAGAGGGAGAGAGAGAGAGCGCGGAACGAUGAAAGCGAACUUAACGAUUUUUAAAGCGCACACAUACGCGACGAGGAACAGCCACGCGAGAACUUGCGAGGAACCAGCGGCUUCCCCGCAAUUACAAAAUCGAAAACUGAGCGUUCGCUGUGCGUGCAUUUUUUGUCGUGGGUUGUGUAUGUCGAAUGCGCGUAUGAAUGUUUCUUGGUCAGUACGUAACUCCGAAGCAUUUCUCUAUUGAGACACGCUAGAACCAAAUCCUCCCUCAUCUCAAUCUCUCCUUCUCCUCCUCUUCCUUCUUCUCCUCCUCUCCUCCGUCAUUACCAUCAUUAUCACCAAUUCUAUAUACAUCUUUCUACAUAUAGCUUCGAUUGUGUUCAGAACUUGGGUAUGUUUUGUAAAAUUUGAACACACAAGUCGAUCUGCCCGAAUCAAUAUCGUUACGUAUAACGUCGCGUACGAUCGAACUGAUGCAGCAGAGAGUCGGUUACAUACGGUCGAUUUGACGAUUGCUAAGAAUUCGUAGUGUCCCUAUUAUUGUUAAUUUAUUGUAUCAAUUGAGAGAGUCGUAUAUCUAAGAGAUACUGUUGGCUAAUAAUUAGCUAGUUAGAGUAAAUAAUUCUGUCUCGACAGGCACGAGAUCCUUGAAACUUCGUGGGAACGUUACAAAUUUUUAGCAACAUAUGUCGAUGUUACUCGUAACAUAGUUGAAUCUGUACGACCAUCCCUCUAGGUUCUUGAUUCAUUCGGGGGCUUGAUUCUACAAUCGCGCGUAUACGUUGUAACAAUGACGAUAAUCAUAAAGACGGUGAUAGUGGUGAUGGUGAUGGUACCGGUGACGGUGAUGGUGAUAUGGUGAUGGUGACGGUGAUGGUGAGAGGGUGAGGGUGAUGGUAAUGGUGAUGGUGAUGAUGAUCAGUAGUAGUAAUACCAGUGCCAGCUCCGCUACGCUGCCAACGUCGAUGUCGGCGCUGGUGACAAGAGAUGUUCGCUGCUUCGAUCAUAUUUCCUCCUUAGCGCGCGGCAGUAAGCCGCAGUGCGGCCUGUUCAUUGUGCAACACACAACUGGUGCUUUAAUCGAUCGGAAAAACACGCGACAUUUGAGUCACGAAGCUCUCUAGUGUCGUAGAAUCAAGCUUCCAAAGUGAGUGCGCACUACGUAACAAGUCUCUCUCACACGCAAUCAUUAACAUGAAUUAAACCAUGGUCGCGAGAACGAGUCGGAUGCAAAACGUGUGUGUCUUAAUUUACGUGUGUGUGUAUAUGCGCAAAUAUUACUAUACGAGGGAAAGGGAAACUGUUUAAAAGACCGUAAUUAGUCGCACUAAGAUUGAUAUAUUUGUACACUUCCUAUUUUUAUGAGCAUAUUAUUUAUGAUGACCCUGAUACAAUAAAACGCUGAUGAUGAAAUGUCUCGACUGUAAUAAACUCAACCUCGGUUAUCUUUACAAGAAGGAACAAAGCGGAAGCUCACGAAACGACAAAGAGCGAAAUGAUGAGGGAAGAAGGAAGCAAGAAGCGAGAGAGUGUCGUUGAGAGAGAGAGAGAGAGAGAGAGAGAGAGAGAGAGAGAGAGAGAGAGAGAGAGAGAGAGAGAGAGAGAGAGAGAGAGAGAGAGAGCUUGAACAUCCUCUUUCUGCAACUUUGGAAGCGCACAUCAUGGAAGAUGAGUGUAACCAUUAAAAUUUAACACUUGUACACAUCAUAUGUCUUCUCUUCCUUUCCACAACGCUGUGUUUUGUAUGAUUAUAAUUCGUAUUGUUCUUUGAAGAAAUUUUGCAGCAGAUCGUUCUCUUGGAUUUUUUUUUAAUUAUGCUAGAAAAAUGGCAGAGCACGCGUAAUAAUAAUAACGGUGACGAUAACAGCGAUAUCCAUAAUUGCUCAAUAUGGAGUCGUCAUUUGUUGUAUUAAUUUUUGAUGAUGUACCAAUUAGAUAUUAUUUUUAAUUUUUGCAUUUUCCGCAUUUUCUCUCUUCCUCUCUCGGCUACUCCCCCAAACUGGAUAAAGAAAAACCUAUUCCCUAUUAAAGAAGAUACAUUCGUUUAUGUUCACUCUUUGGUUAUACACAUAACAUACAGUCGGUUGAUCAAAAAUUGUAAUACUCAAAAUUUUGCAAUGUAUCCUGUACCCAAUAGGAGAAUUUGCUUUUCUAGUGAUCACCGAAAAAUCAAUUUUUCCAUCAGAUACGGAAUGUUGCAAAAAUCAUCGAGGAAAAGCGUUGCGACCUGUCGACUGUAUAUAACGAUGCGAAUAAAGAAACAGAUAGAUUGGUGGUAUAAAUUUAUGAAACGAGAGCGUAGCGAAAAAUGUUUCUGUUCGCCCGAGUUCUUUACGCAUUAUUAAAAUUGUAACAAUCGGCGUUUAUAACUGAACGUUAAUUUCUAUCGACGUUUUUACGUUAACUUACGCGGACCUACUUUCCGCAGGAUAAAUAAAUGGAUUUUCAAUUUGUCCCAUUGUACUUUCAGAAUCGACGUUACACUCGCUGGUGGAUCGCCGCCUAGUUUGCAAUUCAAUCGCUCGUUGUGCGUCGAAACUUAAUUAAUACUCAUUAGCUUCCCUCGUCCGAUUAAACAUGUAAAUAUAGGAGGAAGUGUUCGGUGUCGCAAUGAAAACACGAGCGAAACAGGUAUAUACGCGCAUGAAUUAAGACUAAUUAAAAUCCGCAUGUAUAUUUGUAAAAAGGGGACUGUCAUCGAGCGAGACGACAUAUGUCGACAUACGAGGAGUUCUCGCGAAGGGAACAGCGAAGGCGUGAAGGCGAAAGCGAAAUAACAGACUGGGAAAUGUGCGCGCUCAUCGAGCGCUUUCGAGCGAUAGAAAGUCAGAGAGAGAGAGAGAGAGAGAGAUUCUUCGCGUGUUUUAACUUACGCACAAUACUGCGAUAAAAUAGUCGAAGCGAUCUAGGUAGGACGUACUGUUAUGUUUUCCAAUCUCGUUCCGUUUUUGUGAUACGGCGCCACGGCGCGCCGGUGGUUAACGCGCGCUAAUUAACGCGCCUGUAACGAGUUGGGAGGUGUUUUAGCGAAGAAAGCAACGCACAGCGUGUCUCUCCUUAGUGACAUGUAGAAUCACGUCGUUCCACGGCGAUCUUGUAGACCGGAGCGGCGUCUCUCGACUCCGAGAACCAUUUUUUGCGAGCGAGAACAAUGAGUGCGCUAACACAUCGCUUUAUUGCGUUUACGACACUGGAGCCGAAAUAACUAGCCGCAGGAUCGCGUAUUUUACACCCCGCCCCCGCCGAGGAGGGUCGAGAAGGAACACCCCGAUCGCUUUUUUACGCUUUUCUACCUGCGCUCUCGUCGUUACGAGCGAGCAUUUUUCUUUUUUCACCGAGCGCGAUUCGCGAUCGCCGACACCCAUAAUGGCAAGCGAACGGAAUUAAUUAUUCCGCGAUAUUCGCCGUUUUCUUGCUCGGGAUUAUACCGGAAAAUUUGCACCUGAGACGUCCGCAAGGAGCGCGCCCGCGCGGUUCGUUCUCCAACGCGGGCGCGGAUACUUCUUCUCCUUUAUAAGGACGUUCUUGUUGAUGCGUUGCGUAGUCGUUGCAUUUUGUCCCCGGACGAGCGUAAGCGAAACUCCUUUUCUCACACGCAUCAGCGCAUGAUAUUUUUCUAAGGAGAGAGAGAGAGAGAGAGAGAGAGAGAGAGAGACCACGUCGAGAGACUCCGAGAGCGCGUUGACGGCUCUUCGACGUUGUUUCCGCCACAGGAUUUCGCGG